AUGUUCCUUCGAUUUUUGUGUUUCGUCCUUUUAGUCUGCGCGUUCAGCCAGUUGUUGAAUAAGACUGCUACAGCUUCUGCCUCUGCUUGUGCUUCUACUUCUUGUCCAACAACAACAACAACAACAACUAUUCCAGCACCAAAAGCCGCUCUUGGAAAUUUUGCAGGCAGUAUCGUCGAUAACACAAAAAAAGCAGUUCACAAAAGCAGUAACGUCGUAUUAGGCGGAGUAAAAAAUGUCGGUAAUAUAAUCAAGGGUGGCUGGAACUUUGCUGACAAUGUCGUUGAUGGAAGCUUGAAUUUCGCUAAAAAAAUUGGAUCCCUAGGGUACAAAAUAGUGACAGUCGUACCAAAGGGCCUGAACGACGUACUCUUGGAUAUCGUCGAAAAAGGACAAAAAAAAUUGAAGGAAAAACUUGAGAAGGAAGAAAACAAGGAUGAAGACAAAGACAAGGACGAAGAUAAAAACGAGGACAGCACAACGAAAGCUCCAGACACUACUGAUGGAGAAUUGUUUAUCUACCUGAACAACUUGAAGAUUCCAGUAACCCUUGAGCAAAUAGUUGAGGUCGCUAAUGUUCUCAAGGGCACCAAGGAUCCUUUCCCACUCGUGGCCGAUGCUUCUCCACUACCAUACUUCGUUUUCAUCAACAACGACGAAGCCCAAGUUCUCAAUGCUGAUCAGCUUAUUGAGAUUGGGGAUGAGUUAAAGCAAGCAAAGAAGAAGGCUGAUGAAGACGCAAAAGUAAUUCCAUAAUUAUUAUUUUUAUUUAUUUAAUUUCAUUCAUUUUUUAUUAUAAAAACAAUCAUUGUGUUCAUUUAUUUAAAAAUAUUUUUUUAAGAAGAUUAUUUA